CGCAGCCCAACCCGAUUAACUGUACACCAACAGUACAUUUUAAAUGGUUCCAAACAGUUACUACAUUUUAAACUAUUUGACAUUUCUUGAAUAUAAUACCAUAUUGACCCUAUGCAUUGCAACAUAUGUACCUCUCCAGCAGUCAAUCGUCCCCACAACGUUUGACUAAUUUUUAGAUAUGAGGCUUUGGGGAUCAAGGGGUCCUGUAGGUGUUUUCAGCAGUGAGCAGUUCCACACAAAUUAUAUCAGUUGAGAAGCUGCAUGCCUCAUGAAGUAAAAUUACUUUAGUUUUUUUAUGUUUAACCUUGUUCCCUUCACUUCAUUUGUAAUUCUGAACUAAGUCAUCAAACUUCUUGUCACAUCGUUUUCCUUUUGUAUUUUUUUAAAUGAAGUGGGCACCUGCAGUGACAUGUAAUCACAUUUAUGUGGAGUUCAGGUUUGGUAUUUAAUCCACACUGUAUCUGAUGUGAAAAAAUAUAAGCAGGCCUGUAUUAGAGCUGAAGUGCUCAGCGUGUAGUAACUAAUACAAAGCACAACAUAACAAGGCACUCAUUGUACUUACCAGGAGGGAUUUAACUGGCAGAUUAAGGCCUUGGAUGAGGCAAGACAAACCAAACGAAACUGGUAGAGAGCUAAUAGCAACCCUCUAAUAAUAAACUAGAAGAAUAUCAUUGGCUGUUGUGGCACCCUGAUAAAUCUGCUAUGGAGAUUAAGGCAAAACAGGCAUAAACGUGGACAAACUCUAGGUUUGUAAAUGUCUCUACUGAGUUUGUUUGUUUUUGUCUGUUGGCUGAGGUGUGUCUUGUCUGUCUUGGCCGACUGAAAGGUGUUUUUCUGAACAUAUAGCCCCCAGUGAACAGCCACUGUCAUUUCUUAUCUCAGCAGCUGGGUGGAGUAAAAGUCGGGUCAGCUCGUACCAAGUGCAGUAAUAAAGGGGAUUUCUCCGGCAGCUCAAGUAUUGAAUGAAUUUGAGGAGAGCAGGUCAGUCCUUUGGAAUGAAGCCUGGAUCUGAAUAAGUCUGAAGUUAUCUCAGUGAUGUUGUAAGGACAGGAAAUCAAUGUGCCUGGCGACUGGAUGCUGUUAGCUCUGCCACAUGGAACGAAAGUCAUACGUGAUUUAUUUUCAUUGACACCUCUGUAAUUUCAUUUCCUCAGUUUUUUUUUUUUUUUUUUUCUGGUUUCAAAGACAUUUGAUGAAGUAGGCUACUGGAGGAAUUGCGCUCGUUUUAAUUGGCAAAAUGAGUGAUAAUAUGCCAGCUUCACUGGACAGUGGCGCGCAGGACACGAAGGAGAAUGGUCCUCAUUUGGGAGCGAAAGGUCCUGAUACCGCGGACCAGAUUGAAUGCAACAGCAUCCCAAACGGUGAGAGCGGCUCUGCGGCCGCCACGCGCCUGUUCAACAAGCGCUGGUUGAUCGUGUUCCUGUUCAGCUCUUACUCUCUGAGCAACGCGUACCAAUGGAUCCAGUACGGCAUCAUCAGCAACAUCAUUAUGAAGUUCUACAACGUGGAGUCCUUCGCUGUAGACUGGCUGUCCAUGGUCUACAUGCUCACCUACAUCCCCUUCAUCUUCCCGGUCACCUGGCUCCUGGAUAAGAAAGGGCUGCGGGUCACGGCGCUGGUGGCCAACGCGCUCAACUGCGCGGGAACAUGGAUCAAGGUGGCCAGUGCCAGACCCGACCUGUUCUGGGUGACCAUGCUCGGACAGUUUGCAAGUUCCCUGGCCCAGGUCUUCAUCCUCGGGAUGCCCUCCCGCCUGGCGUCGGUCUGGUUUGGCGCUGAUGAGGUUUCCACCGCCUGCUCCAUUGGAGUUUUUGGAAAUCAGAUGGGUAUCGCCAUUGGGUUUCUGGUCCCACCCAUCCUCGUGCCUAAUGUGGAUGAGAUGGAUGAGCUGGCGCACCACAUCAGAAUCAUGUUCUACAUCAGCGCUGGAGUGGCCACCGUCAUCUUCAUCCUUGUGGUGAUCGUGUUUCAGGAGAGACCAGAGAUCCCUCCCACGCAGGCCCAGGCUCAGGCCAGGAGCAUACCCCCGGAUGAGUACUCGUACACGGCUUCCAUCUUGAGGCUGCUGUGCAACAAGCCCUUCAUGCUCCUGGUGGUCAGCUAUGGCCUGAAUGUCGGCUGCUUCUAUGCUGUUUCCACACUGUUGAACCGGAUGAUCAUCGAACACUAUCCUGGUGAAGAGGUGAAUGCUGGGAGAAUUGGUCUGACCAUUGUCAUUGCGGGCAUGGUGGGGUCCCUCAUAUGUGGCAUUUGGCUGGACAAGACGAAAACCUACAAACAGACCACCCUGCUUGUGUAUCUCCUCUCUCUGAUUGGCAUGCUGGUCUACGCUUUCACCCUCAAUCUGGGUCACCUGUGGGUGGUGUUUAUCACAGCCGGAGUUUUAGGCUUCUUCAUGACAGGAUAUCUGCCUCUGGGCUUCGAGUUUGCGGUCGAGCUCACCUAUCCAGAAUCAGAGGGAACCUCAUCUGGACUUCUUAACUGUUCAGCUCAGAUCUUUGGAAUCAUUUUCACCAUCUCUCAAGGGAAGAUUAUUGAUAAAUGGGGCACAUUAGCGGGAAACGUCUUCCUGUGUAUCUUUCUGCUAAUAGGAACAGUCAUGACAGGAUUCAUCAAGUCUGACCUCCGACGGCAGAAGGCCAACCUGCAGGCCGAGGUGCAGACAGUGAGUCCUACAGGGUCGAUCUCAUCAGCGCAAGACUACGGGGCCACAGCGUGCAGCGGCCCCUGGCAACGUCAGUCUUGACAUAAACCUCACUAAAACCAAAACACACCUGCCAAGAAAACCACCGCUGAUCUGGAAGGAGGCGUCUCUCCACCUGAAAUCCUGAAAGAGGGGAAGUUAUAAAGAGGACAGACGUCAAUUCUGUCAACGACAUCAUGUACAGAUAAAAACAGAAAUACAACACGCAUUAACGUGCACACAUCGUCACAGAGUGAAAAAAAGCUUCUGUGAGGACAGCUGAAUCGUACUGAACAGCCCUCUGUGGGGCUGAUGUGAAUGACCAGCAGACCUGCUGUACAACAUGAUGUACUGUAUGGGCGUCACGGUAGGCAUUUCACAUGUCUUGUUAGCGCAGUCCAACUGCCGCUUUAGUGACUCAAGCAUUACUACACUCUUUAACUUAAUUUAACUUUUUACUCUUUCCUAACCUUUUACUGUCCCCCUCUGAUUAGUGUUAAUGUUGUGCUCCAUGGAACUAAUGAGCAAUAUUUAAAGUGAGUGUUCCUAAUAUUGGACCAAUAUUGUGUGUAACUGAACUCAGUCUUUACAUUGCUGAAGGUAUUCAUUAAGUGUUCUGUUUUUUAGAAUAUGCAUCUUAAAUGCAGAUUAAGGACUAUGACGUGAUCUUCUGUCAUGGCAGUCAGGCAACCCCUCUGCCUGCCAUUCAGGAUCACAUGAAAGUCUGUACUUCUGAUAACUGCUGAUUAUAACUAUGAUCGAUGCUGUGCAUCUGAGUACACUUUGGAAGGUCAGUUUCGUCCUUGUUUACUGUACGCGAUCUCUACAAGGAGACAUUUGUUGAUGAGCAUCUGGAACAUUAAGAAUGUCAACACAGCACUAAACAGACAGAAAAGGCAAAUUCGUCUAUUGCCCUUGUCAUUUUGCACAAGAAAAUGUUUUUGUUUGAUACUCUUAGCUUGUAAAUUUGUUACUGAGAAAUGUAGUUCAUGCUAUGUAACCAGUGUUUGUACAGUUUAUCAUUAAUAUGUUGUACUAGAUGAGUUGUUGCUAGUUGUAUGUAUUAUGAUCAUGUGAUUGUGAGAAGUGCUAAUUAUUACUUCAGUGGCAUUUUUCUGACAUUUUACAGUGCUGUGAAAAAGUGGAGUUUUUACGCCUUUUGUAUGCUGUAAAUUGAUUUUUAGAAAUGGGAGUUUUUAAUCCUGAAUUACACAGUAUAUCAGUAGUGUUUUCUGUAACACUUAAAUAUAAAGAAAACGAAUCAAGCUAAAACAAAUCACUACAUUACAAACAUGACUAGAUGACUCUCACUGGAUAAACUCUAAAGUUAGUGUUACUGAAUGUAUUUUUUGGAUACAAUAAGGCGAGCAUGAAAAUGUAUUUUUCUUCUAACCUUGAAGAUUCUCACACACCAAAGUGAGUGUGUUUUCCACAAUUGAAUCCAUCCUACAAAACCAAAAUUAGCAUCGUUUGUUUCUGAAAAUAACAAUGAAAGCACCUCACUCAAGUCCCUCCCAAAUAUGAGAUCUGAGCAGCAUAGGACAUUAAACGUUUAUCAAAAAUGACGCAAAAAUACAAUUACACCCUUGGAAACAAGACCUCUAAAUACUUCUCACAACUUAUUUACUGUUUGAGCUUUAAAAAAAAUAUCUAAUUUCCUUAUUACUGAAAUAGAGUCAAAUCAUUUCAUUUUUUAAAAAGGGUUUUAUAGGAUAAUAAUUGUGCAGAAAUUGAAGGGGUUUACAAACUGUUUCACAGCACAGAACAAACAUUAGAACAACUGCUGAUAGAAGUGUUUGUGAUACCUUGUAAUGAAGAACAUAGUUUUGUACUGUACAGUCAUCUGAGUUCUUUUGUAAAUCAUGAAUUUAAAAAAAAAAUGAAUAGGAAGUGAUAAUCUACUGAAAUAAAACAAUCAACAUUC